AUGAUCGUGGAGGCAUAUUCUGCCCUCUUACUCGCAUUUCUAUCCACAGAAAGUAGAAGUAUACGCAAUGCCAUCAGAGAUUAUCUCCCAAAACGUGACCUUGCAAUUCUGGUACCGGUGUUGGAUAGAUUUGUGGCUUUUCAUACAACACUGAACAUGAUCCCUCCAGAGACUCAUAAGGCAGUGAUGGAAGUUAUCGAGUCGUGCAAAUUGCCAUAG